CGUGCUUUGAAAAGGAGGGAAAGGAGGUAUGGUGGAGAGGGAGAUAGCGUUCCUUCAGGCUUUCCAGAUCACUGUACAUUCGUCGCUCAGUGCGAGUAAACGUCAGACGCGUUGGUUUGGAUUUCUUGUUUUCAUCUAGUGCAUAGUUCCAUGGCAAACGAAAAAAAAAAUAAAAACAAAAAUCUCGUAGAUAAAGUUACGGCACCGUCAUCUACAGCCAUGGCGCAAAAAGUUAAAGCUUCCAAGAAAAUUGAAUUGCCCGCGAGUCCCCCUGAAGAUGAACAACCAUUUUCUCCGCUGGUUACAGAUGAAGAUGAGGAUGACGAGGACAGAGAAGUAGAUGAAGAGGAAGAGAAAGAGGAUGACGAUGAAGGAGUUGCUGACGAAGAAGACGAAGAUGAAGACGCAGGUGAAAACGCAGAUCAAGAUGAAAUUGAAGAAGAAAAAAAUGGAGCUCCCUUAAGUUGGCCAAAAAUCGACACUUUGGAGCUUUUGGAACGCAUUCGGAAAGCUUGUCCAAAAGACGAUGUAAUGAAAUACGACUCUCGCGUAAACCACGUUGAUUGGGAAGCCAUUAAGUUUGGGGAAUAUUCUUCUGACCAGUGUAAAACUCGCUGGCUCGAUAUUCAAGCUCAUCUAAGACACUAUCGGCUUCUUACUGAAGUUUUAACGGAUGCUGAGACAUGGGUAGAUAGGCCUUGGUACAAUUUCAACAAAGGAGGAAAGAAUAACCAGAAGCAUCCUGAUCAGCCGAAGAAACCUCUCACAUCCUACAUGCUGUUCUACAUGGAACAAAAAGAUGCAGUUUUGGAGAAACAACCUGGUCUCGGAAUGACGGAACUGAGCAAGAUCAUUGCAAAAAUGUAUCACGAACUUAAUGACCGGAAGAAACAGAAAUAUUCUGAAAUGGCAGAAAAAGAAAAAGAAGCGUACUUGGAAAAAAUGAGGAAGUUCACUGAGGCCCAUCCUGACUAUGUCGUUCCUAAAUCAAAGCAAAGCUCUAAGCCCGUUCCACCAAAACUUCCAACGCCAUUUAAAUUGUUCAGCGAUGACAAAAUGGCAAAAUUAUUGGCCCAAGGAAUGUCAGUAACUGAGGCAAAAGAACGUUGCAGAGAAGCCUAUAAAGAACUGAAGGAUAAGCAAAAAUUGAAAUGGAUUUAUCAAGCUCUAGAGCAUGAAAUCAAAUACAACGAGGAGAUGGAAAACUUUAAGGCGAAGUACCCAGACGUGGAAGCUUCAGCCAAGAAACUGAGUCUUCUUACCAAAGACGAACUGCAGAUUAAACACAAACAUGAAGGAAAACCAGAUAAGCCACCCAAUUCUGGAUACAGUUUGUUUUCGAGAAAACUGCUAUCAAGUAACGCGCUGAAGCAGUUUGAAUCAAAGGAGAGAAUGACAGAAAUUUCAAGACUAUGGAAAGAACUCAGUGAUGAUGAAAAAGCAGCGUACAACGCUAAAGCCACACAGUUGAACCACUUUUAUAAGAUGAAAUAUGCUUCUUAUCUUGAGACAUUGACACCUGAGCAAAGAAAUGCAGAAUUAAUAAGUUCCGUAAGCAAAAACAUGAAAAGAGUUGCUGGUAAAAAAGGAGAAGAAGAGCCGACGGACAAAAAAAUUAAAAUAAGUCUACCACAUGGUUUGGAGCUUUCAGACGCAGAAAGCGAUGGCGAAGUUGGUAGUGACGAGGACGACUUUGAACUUCCCCCGAAAGCAGCAAUCCAAAAACCUAACUCUUCGCUGCAAAUGUUUUGCGAUACCAAUAUGGAGAAGUACACCACCAAACACCCCAAACUGACAAAACAGGAACUCACCAGAUUGAUGGCCAAAGAAUUCGCUAAAUUAAGCGAAGAAAAAAAAAAAAUUUAUGGAAACAUGGCUCAAAAGUCAAAAAAUGAAAUGCCGUCAUCUGCUAAAAAGGAAGCAAGCACGGCGCCAAAGGCCAAGGCCAAGGCAGCAAAAGCAACACCAAAUUCAAAGAAGGCAGCCGCAAAAUCAGUCGCCUCUGCAACCGUAAAAUCCUCCGAGCCAACCGUUUCGCCAUCCAAAGAAUCCACGGCAAAGAGUGAAUUACAAGCUCCCAAGUCGCCUUCAAAAAUUAAACCAUCUUUAAAUGCCAAUGCAAAAUCCUCGGCACAAAAGGAAUCUUCAAAGACCCCAAAAGUCCCAUUGUGGGCUGCAAAUCAAAUGUUGUUCAAGACCGAAAAGGCGAAGGAACCUCCGAAAGUACCAGAAAGUGCUGCUGCUUACUACGCGCUUACUCAACAUUCCAAGGGCGGAGAUGUUAGCUCGGCUGAAAUCGACACUUUGUGGGGAAAGGUGACAGAAAAGCAAAAGACUAAAUAUAUACAGGAACACAAGAAGAAGCAGAAGGAAUACGUAGCGAAUUUCGAAAAGUUUGUUCGGUCGUUGAACACAGAGGAACUUAAAGCUUACCGGGCGUUCAUGAAGAAACGCGAACUGGCUCAGAAGGAGGCCAAAGAAGCUAAAACGGACGAAAGUUCUGACGAAGAAGCUGAUCCGGGUAGUUCAAAUGAAGACGAAGUAAGUGGCGCAAGCGCAGAAGAUGAAGAGCAGAUGUCUUCGGAGGAAGACUGAAACCUACCGGUGGAAAAGUGUCAUUGAAAAUCUAACUUAUGUGUAGAAUUUCACCAGUUGUAAAUCCGCAAAUUUCUUUAAGUGCCUUUAGUACUUCUUAAGCUGACGGCCGCUACAUUGGUGUUCAACGUUGAUUGUUUAAUCCGGAAAUCGGGAUAUUAUUAAUUCCCUGAAGGUCUAAUCGUUUUAUACCCGUAAGGACAAUGACCAAAAAUGUGUAAUGUGUUUGAAUCGUUUUCGAAGUUUCAAUAAACGGAUUUCAUUCAA